AUGCGUCGCGUUUGCACUGGCUGUAACCGCAACCGCCACCGGUCUAGAUAUCCGCGCAAGGAAUGGGGUAUGGGGUCCGGCGUAUCGAAAUGUUUUAACUGCGUCGACAAUCAGGUACCCGUCGACGAAUCGAACCGGAGGUCUGGUAGCGCCAGAUUCAGAGAAUAUUUUUUCAGCUCUAUCUCAUUUGAUCAUCCAUACAGGUCUUAUAUUGAGACUGCGUUGCGCUCGGUGGCCAAAGGAGUGUAUGGCUCGGGUCCUCAUCGGGGCAAACCCUGUGUUAUCAAGUGGUUCAGGUCUGAUGCGGCCUUGGCACAUACUUUUUUCACUCUCGAUAUCGGAGCUGUCGAUUUGGCGUUAAAAAUUGUCGAAGGCUUUAAUCAGGAAAUCUUGACAGACAAGUUCAUCGAGGUAAACAUUCCUGCCAUUUGGGCAGGGCAAACCGUUUUGUGUGAGCCCUUUAUCCGAGACUACCGAAGGUUCAACAGCAACACCGGAUGGAACGACACUUCCAACGUCUGGGGAAGAAUAAUGCAAGCUCUAAGUCAUUUCAGCUACCAUGGUUCAGGAGGAAAACACGUUCUAUGCGAUCUCCAGGGUGGCAUUAUUUCUGAAAACAAGGCUGUCAUCACUGAUCCUGUCAUCCUUUCCCCGAAUCGAGCCUAUGGUGUGACUGAUCUUGGGCAAAGCGGCAUUGACAAUUUCUUCAGUCAGCAUGUCUGCAGCGAAUACUGCCGUUAUGAUUGGGAUAAGCCCAGCAAUCCGAUUCGACGCUUCCAAUCUGGCUGGGGAACAGCUAUGAGUUCAUGGGUUGGAUAUCGAUCGUGGGGGCGUUAA